GCAUUUCGACUGCCGCAAUCACAUCCGAGUGAUACAAUCCAUGUCCGAUGGUAAUCGGCUGUACGUGUGCGGAACGAAUGCCCACAAUCCCAAGGACUGGGUUCUCAAUUCGAAUCUGACGCACCUCCCAAGAAACACUUUCGUCCCAGGAAUAGGAAUGGGAAUCGCCAAAUGUCCUUACGAUCCUGCGGAUAAUUCGACCGCCGUUUGGGUAGAGAAAGGUAAUCCUGGAGACCUAGCAGGUCUUUAUUCGGGAACCAAUGCCGAAUUUACGAAAGCCGACACAGUAAUCUUUAGAACAGAUCUUCAUAAUCUCACCACAGGCAGAAAGGAGUACAGUUUCAAGAGAACCCUCAAAUAUGACUCCAAAUGGCUGGACAAGCCAAACUUCGUGGGUUCAUUUGAUAUCGGCGAUUACGUUUUAUUCUUCUUCAGAGAAACCGCUGUGGAAUACAUCAACUGCGGUAAAAGCGUUUAUUCCAGAGUGGCGAGAGUCUGCAAAAAGGACACAGGAGGAAAGAAUAUUCUUUCGCAAAACUGGGCCACUUAUCUCAAAGCUAGACUCAACUGUUCCAUUCCCGGAGAAUUUCCUUUUUAUUUCAAUGAAAUCCAGAGUAUCUACAAAGUUCCUGGAGAUAAUAAUAAAUUCUACGGAACUUUCACAACCUCUACGAAUGGUCUGAUGGGCUCAGCUAUUUGUUCAUUCACACUCUCCGACAUCCAAGCAGCAUUCAGUGGAAAAUUCAAGGAACAGGCAUCUUCGUCAUCAGCUUGGCUACCAGUUUUAUCUAGUCGGGUUCCAGAACCACGUCCAGGAACCUGCGUUAACGAUACAGAAACAUUACCCGACACCGUUUUAAACUUUAUCAGAAGUCAUCCUCUCAUGGAUUCUGCUGUUAUGCACGAAAAUGAGAAACCCGUAUUUUUCAAGAGGGAUAUUUUCUUCACGAGACUAGUCGUUGACAAAAUUAAAGUAGAUAUUGGCGGUGCAAUUUUGGAUUACACCGUAUAUUACGCCGGCACAAAUGAUGGACAAGUGCACAAAAUAGUCGAAUGGGCAAAAGACGAAGGAUCUGCUUCAAUUCUCUUAGAUGUAUUCGAUGUUACCCCUGGGGAACCUAUACAAGUAAUGGAAAUUUCCAAGGAACACAAAGCUUUAUACGUUGCCUCUGAUCAUAGGGUCAAACAAGUCGAUCUGGUGAUGUGCAACAGAAGAUAUGACAAUUGUCUCAGAUGUGUUCAUGAUCCUUAUUGUGGAUGGGAUAAAGACAUGAAUGUUUGCAAACCAUAUUCUCCAGGGUAAGUUUAUAUUAAACAUC